GAGGAGGAGGAGGAGGCGGCGGCGGUGCGGGCUGCGGCGGCAGUCGCUGCGGCGGGGCGCGGCGGGGACGCAGCGCUCCGCUCCCGCAGGAAGCGGCCCGGGGCGGGGGCGGCCGCUCGCAGCCAUGCCGGGCCCGGGGCGCUGAGCCUGCCCCGCCGCCCGCCCCGGCCCCCGCCGCCCCCCACGAUGGAGGAGGAGAGCAUUAAGCAGAGUUCCCGAUCCUCUGAGGCAGCUGAAGAUGAAAAGGACCAGCGCACAGUGACAGUCAACCCCUCUCACAUGAGAAAGGCAUUCAAGGUCAUGAAUGAAUUACGGAGCAAGCGGCUCCUCUGUGAUGUGGUGAUUGUGGCCGAAACUGUGGAGAUGGAAGCCCACCGCGUGGUCCUUGCGGCCUGCAGCCCUUAUUUUUGUGCGAUGUUUACAGGAGACAUGUCUGAAAGUAAAGCCAAGAAGAUUGAGAUAAAAGACGUUGAUGGGCAGACGCUGAGGAAGCUGAUUGAUUACAUCUACACUGCCGAGAUUGAAGUGACGGAAGAGAACGUGCAGGUUUUGUUGCCAGCUGCUAGUUUAUUGCAAUUGAUGGAUGUUAGAAAAAACUGCUGUGACUUUCUUCAGUCCCAGCUGCAUCCCACGAACUGCCUUGGAAUCCGAGCUUUUGCCGACGUGCACGCGUGUACCGAACUGCUGCAGCAGGCAAAUGCCUACGCAGAGCAGCACUUUCCUGAGGUGAUGCUAGGAGAAGAAUUUCUUAGCCUUAGUCUGGACCAGGUUUGCAGUUUAAUAUCAAGUGACAAGCUCACAGUCUCCUCUGAAGAAAAGGUUUUUGAAGCAGUUAUUUCUUGGAUAAAUUAUGAAAAGGAAUCUCGCCUAGAGCACAUGGCUAAACUGAUGGAGCACGUUCGCCUACCCCUUUUGCCCAGAGAUUAUCUUGUACAGACAGUUGAAGAAGAAGCUUUAAUCAAGAAUAACAACACCUGUAAAGACUUCCUUAUCGAGGCCAUGAAAUAUCAUUUGCUUCCUCUGGAUCAAAGGCAACUGAUAAAGAAUCCCAGAACAAAGCCGAGGACUCCCGUUAGCCUGCCAAAGGUGAUGAUCGUGGUGGGUGGGCAAGCGCCCAAGGCCAUUCGCAGUGUGGAGUGCUAUGAUUUUGAGGAGGAGCGGUGGGAUCAGGUUGCUGAGCUUCCCUCCCGGAGAUGCAGAGCAGGUGUGGUAUUUAUGGCUGGCAAUGUUUAUGCUGUCGGGGGCUUUAACGGAUCUUUAAGGGUACGGACGGUUGAUGUGUACGAUGGCGUGAAGGACCAGUGGACGUCCAUAGCCAGCAUGCAGGAAAGACGAAGCACUUUAGGCGCCGCUGUGCUCAAUGAUCUCCUGUAUGCGGUGGGCGGCUUUGAUGGCAGCACUGGUCUGGCAUCAGUUGAGGCCUAUAGCUAUAAAACCAAUGAGUGGUUUUUUGUGGCUCCCAUGAACACAAGAAGAAGCAGUGUUGGAGUUGGAGUUGUGGAGGGAAAGCUCUAUGCUGUGGGGGGUUACGAUGGAGCGUCCCGUCAGUGCCUUAGUACCGUCGAGCAGUAUAACCCAGCCACGAACGAAUGGACCUACGUAGCCGACAUGAGCACGCGACGCAGCGGUGCAGGUGUUGGUGUUCUCAGCGGGCUGCUGUACGCUACCGGGGGGCACGACGGUCCCUUAGUAAGGAAGAGCGUGGAAGUCUACGAUCCAGGAACAAACACCUGGAAACAAGUAGCAGACAUGAAUAUGUGUAGAAGAAAUGCAGGUGUGUGCGCGGUGAAUGGUCUCCUCUACGUGGUGGGAGGAGAUGAUGGUUCCUGCAAUUUGGCCUCGGUGGAAUACUACAACCCCAUCACAGACAAGUGGACGUUAUUACCUACCAGCAUGAGCACGGGGAGAAGUUACGCAGGUGUGGCCGUGAUUCACAAACCGUUGUGACAUGCGAUCAAGCCAACGCGAGGAGCAGAAGUGAAGUGGAUCCAGCUGGGUGGUGUUGGGAAGACGACUGACUUCUGAUUUGACCCAUCUCAUUGCUGUUAACGUCUUAGCAUGACAAGUGAUACGUUACAAACAUCAUCUGCUCUGUGGCGGAUUGCCUAGCAAAGGGAAAAUCCCUCUGGGGACAUGUUCCAUGCUAGACAACGAGGUGUUGCUUGUUAUUUGUGGUGCAAUCAACUGUUCUUCUCAAUGGCUAGUGUCCUGAGAUUAAACACUGUGCUUGAACUGCAGGCACUGAACUUCUUGUGUGAAACAAAACUGCUACGUUUGGGCAUGUGAGUAAAAAUGAACACUUCUGGAUUUCUUCACUACUGAUGCUCCAUGCACAUUAUCAGUUGAACGACUUGCUCACUGUGCCUGGAGGGUGGACUUUACUACUGGCAGUGGGAACUUCUGAGUACCAACCGAGAAAAGCAGUCAGCAGAAGUGGACUGGAACAGGGUGCUCUGGCUCGAGUGUGACGCUGUCUCAGUCAUACGUUUGUAUAUGCCACUGGACUGCUGUAUGUAUCCUUGAAAUGCUUGUCGUAUGGUGGAAAUAAAUACCGUGUGAUUUUUCUACUCGCCGUGAAUGCUGUUUGCUGUACGUGAUGGGACCUGCUGGGCAGUGCCUUCCCUGGGGCUGACCUCUCGGCACCUGAACCACACGAAACUUCGCAACCCCACGAAACGUGCGCUGCUCCCAUGGGGUUUAUUGCUCCUGUGAAACAAACGUUGCUUCGAAUAGAAAAUAUUCCCAGCCCAGGCGUUUCAGCUGUGCUGAAAGCCCCAGUUCCCGCCCUGUCCAGCAUCUCAAUGCCAUUUCAUAAUAGAGCGUUUAGAUGUUAAAAGAAAUACCUUAUAGUGCCAUUAAUGUAGAGGCGUUACACACAGCGAGAACCCGCCGUCACCCAAGCGGUGAUUAAUGAGCAAGGUAAAAUACCUGCAGUGUUUUAAUGCUUCCAGAGUAUGGAGAUUAACUAAUCACUGUCACUGUAAUUGCUGUUUUAAUCUUGCCUGUACUGAAGGCGUUCCUCCGUUAGUAUGAAGAAUUCAUCAGAUUAUUCAAAACAGACAAAUCUGGAUCCAGCUGUAAGGUAGCUGUCUUGCUUACGUCCCAAAUUCUUAAAGCUUUCUGUUGGACUUUAAAAUACCUUUUUAUGUCUCCUUGUGAGCUCUGGCAUGCUGCUGCAUACAGGCGUGGACUCCCAAAAGACUCCCCAGCUAAAGGGAAUUAGUGAAGAAAAAUAUUUUCUAUCCUCUUUUUUUCUUUUUUUUGGUGGUUGGUUGGUUUUUUUGUGGUUUUUUUUUUGCCCCCUGUAGACCAGCUGAGGCUUUCUGUAGCAGGCAGCUGGCCUGCGGGACCUAAUCUGCCCGUGUUACUGUCGAGCUCCAGCACUGUUGUUCUGCUGGUUUCUUUCUCCAUAGACUUAUCAAAAAGACUCCAUGGGACCUUCUACAGUAGAAAAGAAAAACACUUAAAAAUUUAUUUCAGAGGGAUCUAAGGCAACAUCACCUCGUGCAGCUUUUGUAGAGGAGUGGGUUACUUCUUUAAAUAAGUAGAUUUUUAGUGUUAGAGUGGUCGUGGUCCUUGUAAGAUGGUGCCUGUUCACUGUGGGAGAACAGCACCUACUGUUGCUGUGUCACCUCCACGGAGGGGGCUGACCUUCAGGGGGCACGUUAGGUAGCACCCGCUCCUCUUUGGAUGUUCUUGUUUUUACAAACAAAAACAAACUGUCCAGAGAAAUGGCAGUAUUAUGCUUGAUGUCUACCCUUCCAUUGUGUGUCAGCUCAGAGGUCUUGAAAAUAAUAAUAAUAAUAAAAAUUUAGUCUUUAAUACCCUUUAAACCUCUUGCUUUGGGUUCUACAGUCUGCAGUGAAACAUGCCAAAUAGUAGUACGAUGUGCUGCCCUUUUUUGAGGUGUUGCUUGCUGUAGAAGCUAUUGGGGCUGGUAGGAACGUGUCCCUGAGUGCAGCUACCUUCACGUCAGUCCUGAGCUGCACCUUUACAGGGACAAAAGCAAGAGGAUGCCUUGGGUUGGACAGACUCAAGUUCACCGCCCCAAAAAGGUCUUUCCCUUUCAGGCAGCCUGUGGGAAUAGAAGAUAAAAUGGGACAGGCAAAGCAUCUUGUCAGAGUUACCAUCUCUUGUUAGACUGGGAUGACUAGACAAGGGUAGGCAAGUGUUUGGGCACUCGUGGCCCUCGUUAGGGCUGGUAUAGACACAGGGAAUGUAAAGCUAAUUAGCUGCUCUAUAGCCCAUCGACAGCUCAAGAGUUGGAAGCAGUUGCCAGCUAACCUUCUCGCACUCAUAGCAUCACUGGAGCAAAGACAAAUGCUACCCAGAGACGAAGAGUUUAUGUGGGCUAGAGAUAAAAUCUGGUAGUUAGUGUUAGACAGAUGCAAGUUUGAAAUUUGUCGUGCUCGUCAGGUGUCGUGAAAGGUGAAUAUGCCUGAAAGUUGGAUAGUUUCCCCACUGCUCUUUAUAAACCUGCCUCGCUGAAAACAGUCUUUUGGUGUUUUUCUCCUAUUGUAAAAUGGCAUUUCUGCCCACUGCUGACCCGGGGCUUGCUGGACAGGGCUCGGACUCGCAGCCCUUGCCGGGGACGAGUGAUGCUGUUCCUGGCGGCAGCCCGUUCUCCUCGAUGGCAAAGGACGCCUUUCUUUCUUUCCUUCUCCAACGUUGCAGUGUUAUGCAAGUCAAGUGACCUCGUUUUCCAGCUAUGCAAUAUGAACAACCGUAACACGUGACGAACCAGCUGUAUCCCCCCACCCCCCUUGAAAUGCUUUUUGAAUUUGUCCAUCUUUGGCGUGUGGUUUCAUGUUUGUAUUGUCCGUUCUGAGCACCUGAGCCAGAUCCUUUAAAGAUUGCCUUUUUCUAGGACUGAAAACGUAGCGUUAGUGCUAACAAAUUUUACUGUAAAUAUUUUUAUAAGACAAUUUUAAACAAUUUUUUGGAUUGCUUUUUAUGGUUGUCAAUGACACUUCUGUUAAAUUCGGUGUCUAAUUCUUACGCUCCAGUGCAGUUUUUGCUGGCCAUGACGUGGGUGUGAAUCUCUCUGUUUUCUGCACAACGAAUUAAAUGUUAACUAGGAUGUGGGACAGCUCUUAUGUUGAUUCUAACAUAUUAGAAGGACGGCGCGGGGCUCGACGUUAUGAGAUAAAUUAAAAUCCAUUACCUCAGUCACCAGGACGCUCUUAGAUUAUUAGUUAUUUUACAACAAUACCCUGAUUUAACUUUCUUGUGCCAUGCGUUUGCUUCCCGGUCAGCUUGGUGGACAAGCUGUCUCUCAAUCAUUUAGUUCCUUGGCUUCUCCUUGAAGCCGGAGGAUGCCACGCACGCAGCAGCGCCUGCGAAACCCCCCGGCUGCCAAAACCACUGAAAUAAUUGCAAGAGGUUUUGUAAACGCUUCACAAACCGAACUCAGGCUGCUUCCUCGCAACGGUCCUGUGCGAACAUGGAGGCUUUCCUCAGCCCUCUUCUGCUGUCGGCUCUUUUUUGGGGGGGUCACCACGUGCUGUGACCCCCUGUGGCAUUCUGGCUGCGGGUUUCCCAAAGGUGACUUGGCUCUCGCGGGGGCGGCAUCCCUGGGGACACGCACCCACAAAACCCACCGGCACCGCGGCGGGGGGGGGCCCACGCUGCUGGGUUUGCAGAGCAGGCGAGCGUAUGUCGAGCGGGAUAGAUUUUGCCUCAAGCAAUCUGUUGUUUAAACAAGUUUGAAUCAAGUCCAGCUUUUCCAUUUGUGCCUAAUAGAUAAAUUGGGGGUGAUUAAACCCAAUUUUCAGUUCAUUCAGUUUUAUCCAAAUACUUUUUUUGUACCGAUGCGUACAGCACUGUAAUUACCAUAAAUGCGCUUGGCAGCAUUUGCAUGACACCACCGUGAAAGCUUAAUGCUCUUCUCUCGUUUGCGGUGUUUGGAGACCAAAAUCCUUAAUAUCCAGCGAUGUGUCAUGCCUCUUCAUCAAGCUAACGUGAUGGUUCAACAGAUAAAUGCAGCUUGUUUUUAACCUUUGGAUUCGUUACUAAUAAAAUACAGUAUCAAAGCAGUUGCCCCCUUGGCUUUCCAUCUUGCCCGUAAAUCACAGUCACGUGAGCGUAAUUUGUUGCUCAACGCCACAGCGUUUGGGAGUGUGUUAGACAUUAUGGUCUGGAAAUGAGUGAAUUUACUUUUCUUCCUCUGCCCUUAUCUUUGUUUAUGGGUUUAUAAAUUAUUUUCCUCUGCAGUGACAAUAAAUAAAUAAAUAAAAAUUGAGAAUUUUAAUUUGUAUAUUUUAUGUAUAAAAAACCCUUUAAGAAAAAUGGAUGAUUGUGAAACAAUUUACCUGGGUGUGAAAUUCUUUGUUUUUGUAAAACAGACUUUGUUGGUUCAAUAGCUGACAGUAUGAUGUAAUGAGUCGAUUGACUGUUUAAGCUAAUUUUUUUUAAUUAAAGAUUUUUUUUUUGCAUGAGUGUGAAGGACCGAGGACUUUUCAAAGUAAUUCUCCUGACAGCUGUCUUGUCCAGCGCGAUGAAUGACUAAAGAAACAUUCUUCACUGGCAUAUUUAUAUUAUAAAAAGAAAUCAUGUUGUAGUUCCCCAUCCUUUAAUUUGAAUAAAAACUGGACUAAUGAA